GUGUUCGGGCUGAGGAAUGCGACUCGUCAACAAGCGUCAGCCUCGGAUCAGCUGGAGCCGCAGAGAAGUUCAGCUCCUCUCCAGGUGAGCUCGCGGUUACUGGACGGGCCACGUUCAUGUCGUCGAGCCGACGUCUGACAACUGAAGUGCCGCUGACGAGGCAGAGCUGAGUCGAGCUGCAUCCGAACUUUGCUGAGGUGCCAAAAGAAAGUAAAGAAAUCAGCAGUAUGGCCACAGCUCAGUCGGUGUUGCUGCUAGCGGUGCAUGUCCUCCUGAUCUCAGAGUUCAUCCUGGCCAAGAGGGACUAUUACGACAUUCUGGGGGUUCCCAGAGACGCCACCGAGCGCCAGAUCAAGAAGGCCUUCCACAAGCUGGCCCUCAAGUACCACCCGGACCGCAACAAGGGCCAGGACGCAGAGAACAAGUUCAGAGACAUAGCAGAGGCAUAUGAGACAUUAUCUGACGAUAAGAGGCGGCGAGAGUAUGACCAGUUUGGCCAUGGCCCAUCACCAGGGGAGGGCCAUGGAGGAGGAGGAGGAGGAAGCGCCUACAACUUCAAACAGCACUACCAGUCCUUCAACUUUGACGACAUUUUCAAAGACCAUCACAACCCUUUUGGUCAGCAGCAGCAACACCAGCACCACCAGCACCACUUCCACUCGCACUCCUUCACUCAGAGCCAAGAACACCAGAAGAGACACUUCGACAGCCACUUCCAGGCCCACCGCGAGGCCAUGAACAGGCACAACAGACAGUUCCAGCAGCAGAGGGCCUUCGGUGAAGGACUCUUCGAUGACGUGUUUGAGGACUUGGAGAAGAUGUUCUCCUUCCACACGCACAGCGCCAGGACUGACGGCGGAUUCCAGAGCCAGGGAAAGCAGCAAUGCAGGACAGUUACGCAGCGGAGGGGGAACAUGGUGACCACCUACACUGACUGCUCCUGAGGCGAGCAGAAAACGGCGUGCUCACAGAGGGCAGCUGUUUAGGACACUGCUGGGCUUUUACUUGUGAAUUUUCGAAUUGAUUGCUAAUUUAUCACUCGGUGGAAUAGAGAAUGGUUUUGUGUGGCUUUUUUUGUGUAAUUUCCUGUGUGUAAGGAACAAAUAUCCAAGCCAGCCUAGUGAGCGGCUGCUUCCAAGCAAUAACUUACUCACAUUACUGCUCGUAGCAUAUGUUUUGGUUUCACUCAGAUACCUCCCCAUUAUUUAGCUUUUCAGGUUCAUUUUGUGUACUUAUUCAUUUGUUUUAUGAUUGACUAGACUCAGGUAUGGCCUAAAGUCAAAAAAUUAUUUUUUCUUUUGUGAGCAGAGAGGCAACAAGAUUGAUCAAACAUCAGUAAUAACCCUGUACAACAUUCAUUCUGCAACUUAUUAGGCCAUACUGUACACAACAUUUUUGCUGAUAUAAGACCAGGCGAUGCUGAAUUUAGCAUCGUGUUCUAAUCAAUUUUUCUUGGUUUUUGAUCCUGAGCUUAAUGAUUCAAGUACACACAUUUGGAUUUAUAGCACUUCUGCUGUGAAAAUUAACCUUCACAUCCCGAGAUGUGCACGGGUUGGCCGUAAUCAACCGUUACCUCGUUUUUUAGUUUCUUUCUACAAAGCUGUCUACCGUCUUCUUCAGUCAGGUCAGUCCCACUGCAAACACUGGUUCACUCAGCCACUCAGCUGUUCAACCAGUUGUUUUGAUCGUCACAAAAUCCAGGCGUCAUCUCUCAGUAUGAAAAGUUUCCUGAACUGAAAAUAAUAAUGUGCAAUAUUUAGUAACCUUUUGCUCUUCAUGAUGCCUAUCUUUCAUAGACAGUGCUAUGUUAAUGUCAUUGUCUGAUGUCCGCACUUUGUGUGUGUGUGUGUGUGUGUGUGUGUGU